AAUAGCCAAUUAAAAUUGAUCAAUUGAACCAAUUAAAUAUCAUGCUUACUAGCUUCUCAUCACCUUUGAUCAUGGAUGAGCUAACUCAAACUAAGAGGGAUCAUUUCCUCAUGACUUCACUCAACAACAACAACAACAUGACUAAUGUCCCAAACACAACAAACAUGCAUCAUGAAGAGUUCAAACAUCCACUUAUAGACCUUGAGGGUUACUUCAAAGGAGAUGAACUAGCCAUCCAACAAAUUGCCAAGAACAUUAGGGCGGCUUGCUUGAGCCAUGGCAUCUUCCAAGUCAUCAACCACCGUGUCGAUUCACGCCUCAUAACCGAUGCCCACAACCAAACAAACCAUUUCUUCAAUCUACCUUCCAACAAGAAGAAUAGGGUUAAGAAGAAACCGGGCACCAUGUGGGGUUUCAAUGGCCUUUAUCAUGAUAGCUUUCCCACCAAGUCCUCGUCGUCAUGGAAGGAGACAUUAACCUUUGGCUUCAAUGAUGAAGACUCAAAUUCUGUGGUGCUUGAUUUCUUUAAAUCAACCGGCCUAGGGAAGGAUUCCGAGCGCAUGGGAAUUGUUUACCAAAAGUAUUGUGAGGAAAUGAAAGAACUAUCCCUUGUUAUAAUGGAGAUUCUAGGGAUGAGCUUGGGUUUGGACCCAUUGUGCUAUAAGAAAUUCUUUGAAGAUAGUCGCUCCAUCAUGAGAUGCAACUACUAUCCGGCUUGCGGCAAGCUGCAUGAUCAAGCCAUGGGAACCGGGCCCCAUUGCGAUCCGACCUCACUAACUAUACUUCAUCAAGAUGAAGUUGGAGGGUUGGAAGUAUUCGUGAACAACAAAUGGCAACCGGUUCUUCCUAGGCGCGAUGCAUUUGUUAUCAACUUAGGCGACACCUUCACCGCACUAAGCAAUGGGAGGUACAAGAGCUGUCUUCAUAGGGCAGUGUUGAAUAAGGAUAAGGACAGGGUGUCCUUGGCAUUCUUUGUGAGCCCAAGAGAGGACAAAGUGGUGAGUCCUCCAAAAGAUCUUGUUUGUAGAGAUAGGGCAAGGAAAUACCCGGAUUUCACAUGGUCUGAUUUCCUCUAUUUCACACAAUACCACCACAAGCCUGAUGGCACUACCCUCCAAAGCUUCAUUCAAUGGUUCCUCCUCUCUAAAUCCCCCACCACCACUUGACCAUGCACUACCCUCCAAAGCUUCUUCCUUCAUUCAUUCUAUACUUUUUAUAGUAAUUAUUAAUACCCACUUUUAGUACUUCAUCAUGUAA